AUGUCAGCUCGGGAUUCUUCCAGGAAAACGCUGGAGAUGGAGAGCUUCCACCGGAGAUUCAGUGCCUGGACACCAUUUACCAACAAGUCGUUAAAUAGACAGGUGAGUUACAUACUAGUGGCCCUUAUAAGUCACUGGUUCGACCUCUGGACUAACAAGCAACGUCAAGAAUUCUUAUUCACGAUAUUUUUACGAUGCACUAAAUCACAAUUAAGAUUUGUCCGAGACCAGUUUUCAGAAAGGAUGCAAGUGGCCAAAGUGGAUUUCUCUACAGUGUUACCACGCUUCAUUUCUCUCUAUAUCUUUUCCUUUCUGAAUCCGAAAGAUUUGUGUGCAGCUGCACAAGUCAGCUGGCCCUGGAAGUUUUUAACUGAACAGGAUUGCUUAUGGAUGCCCAAAUGCAUCAAGGUUGGAUGGUUUCUGCCCUACACGCCGACAGAACGUGAAUAUGGGGCUUGGAAGCAGCAUUAUGUGGCGUGUGUGUCCAACUUAGAUUGGCUGACACCUAGGGAAGCCGCUGCUAUUUACGGAACCCUGAACGAACCCAAAACAGCAGAUGAGGAGCUACAGGAGAGACAAAGAGAAAAGUGCCUAAGGAAAAUAAUUUGGGAGAAAAUUGCACUGCAUAAGAAGGAGUUAUUCAGAGUUCGACCCCCUUGGGUGAGCGGAACAUGCUGCUCUAGAUUGUUCAAAUCCAAACACCAGCCACGUCUCUCCCAGACUCUGAGGGAUCGAGUGGGAUUACAUGAGGCUUUGGAGAAACAGCUUGUUUUGGCAUCCUUAGAAGCUUUGCCCAAGCGAAGCAAUAUUUCUGGAAGCCAUUCCUACCCUUUAUUAUCAAAGAAAAAUCGGUGUGGAGUUUAUAAAAAUGAUAACAGCCCUUCAUAUGCUUUCCAGCCACACUUCAUAUUAAUAUCAUCUCGGAUUCCUGCAUAUGAGAUGGUGGUGGACAGUGUUAAGGCAGGUAUCAUUUCUGUGGUAUAUGAACACAGUGGCAUAACCUUGGAGAGCCUGCUUUAUCUCAUAGAAAAAGCUCUGGAUGGGCAGAAGGCACAGAGUAUGGGAAUAUUUAGCGAUGGAGAUAGCAGAGAAAUCAAUUUACUCCAAGGCUAUAAAAUUGGUAUUAAAAAUUUACUGAGGCCUGAAGUGAGAGACUUCUGGGAGAAACUGGGAAGCUAUGUGGCCCCUAAAGAAGAAGGGGGUCAUGUGGACCUCUUUGUGCCUCUUGGAGCAUCAGAGGCAGGACUAGAAGUUCUUUCUCAGCUGUCUCAGCUAACUGGCACGUUAUUUACUGCUCCCACUGGGAUUGCAACUGGCUCUUACCAACACAUUCUUAGUGACUGGCUGGGACAGCAGCAGGAAGGGGCUCCCCCGUUCAUCUACUUCAGCGAAUCAAAGUUGCAGACGUGGUCCAGCUUCACGGACUUCCUGGAAGACACCUUGAAAGCAGUAAGGAAACAGUUACGUCCGGUCUUCAAGGGGCUGCAGAGGAACAUCGGUGGCAGGAUGAUAGGACAGUUUAUGUUUGACACAAUGAGUAUGACUAACAUUCUGAAUAACCAAGAAAUUGCACAAGCUCUGGCAGACGGAUUGAUGGAGCUUUCAAAAGAAAAUUCUGAAAGAAACGUUUUAGAAGACAAUCCUCAGGACGAAAAAUCAAGUGUCAGCAAAAAUGACCUAAAGUUUGAGCAGCUGGUUCAGCUGGAAAGAAAGCUCCAGAUGGACUCGGCUGCGAAACGAACCAGAGUUGUCAGGGAACUCUUACAGAGUGAGAGAAAAUAUGUGCAGAUGAUGGAAAUUGUGAGAGAUGUUUAUGUAACCCCACUGAAAGCAGCACUGUCAUCAAACAGAGCAAUUUUGAGCACCGCAAAUAUCCAGAUCAUUUUCUCGGAUAUUCUGCGCAUUUUAAGUCUCAACAGGCAGUUUCUAGAUAACCUGAGAGACAGACUGCAGGAAUGGAGCCCAGCUCACUGUGUGGGAGAAAUAUUCAUAAAGUUUGGAAGCCAGUUGGACAUCUACACCAAUUUCUUCAACAAUUAUCCUGUUGUUCUGAAAACUAUUGAGAAGUGCAAAGAAAUGAUACCAGCAUUCCGAGCUUUCUUGAAGAGGCACGAUAACACAAUUGUUACCAAAAUGUUGAGCCUGCAGGAGCUGCUCUUGUACCCAUCCCGAAGGUCUGAAGAAUAUAUUAAUCUUCUCUACGCUCUGAGACUUCAUACUCCUGCAGAACAUGUUGACCGUGGGGACUUGACCACUGCAAUUGACCAAAUCAAAAAACAUAAAGGUUAUCUAGAUCAGAUGAAGCAAAACAUCAGCAUGAGAGAUCAGCUGUCAGACAUACAGAGAACCAUCUGGGGGUGCCCUACUCUAUCAGAAGUAAACAGAUAUCUGAUUAGGGUCCAAGAUGUAGCCCAGCUUCAUUGCUGUGAUGAGGAAAUAAGUUUCUCUUUAAGGUUUUAUGAACAUACCCACGAUCUCAGUCUUUUCCUCUUCAACGAUGCACUGCUUGUUUCUAGUCGGGGCACCUCUCAUACUCCAUUUGAAAGGACUUCAAAAUCAACCUACCAGUUCAUUGCAUCAGUGGCCCUUCAUAGGUUACUCGUAGAAGAUAUUCCAGAUUCCAAAUAUGUCAAGAAUGCAUUUAUUCUUCAAGGUCCAAACCAUGAAUGGAUUUGUGCUACAGAAGUCGAGGAUGAUAAGUUCCUGUGGUUGUCGGUACUCCAAAGUGCAAUCAGAAGUGCUAUGGAGAAGUGAGGCUAAACCACCUCUUAGUAGUUACUUUUCAUGGACAGUAUUUAUAUAGAGUUACUUGAAUGACAAAACCUAUGACAUAACAAGGAUAUUAUAAAGUUUUGUUUCAUGAUCUAAUAAAAAAAAUCAGAAUGAAAAGUGUUUCUUAAAUGAUCCAUCUAGAAACAUUUUAAUUUGUUGAUUUUCCAAUCAUCUUUAACAUUUUCAUGAAAUACUGAUUUAAAAAUGUAUAAACAUAAAUGGCAAUUUACUCAAAAACUUGUCACAUAUACCCUUAAUAUAAAUGUACUCUUCCAGAGAGCAUUAAAAAUAUAGCACUAUUAAGUACUAAAAAGUUUUCUGUAAUUUUUGUGUUCUUUGGUUGCAAAAUUAAAUUCUUAGACCAUCCAAAUCAGAAACUUUAAAAAUUUGUGACAUUGUUAAAAUUAGAAAGCUGUCAGAAAAACCCUGAAACUUCCAAAAAACAAAAAUAAACGGAAGUGUAGCAAAACUUGCCUGUAAUGGAAUUUAGAUGCAUAAAAAUGAAGAAAUUAAAACAAAUCUGUUUCAAAACAGAGAAACAGCAAAAUAGGUGGAGUAAUUUUCUGAACCUUUAAAGCCUUCUUUUAAUUAUUUAACAAACUGAAGCUAUAACCUGUUAGCCACUUGGAAACUUUAGCUGAUAUAUGUAGUAAUAACAUUUUAUUUAGUUAAUGGUAGAUAAAAAUUACAUUAAUCUUGGAAGCAUUCUGUUGUCAGUUUCCUUUUUGCUUCAUAUUCUCCUUUAAGGUAAUAAAAUCUAUUAGUACAGUUUAGGAUUGUGAACAUUUUAAACAUUUUCUUUUUUCAACGAUGAAAAUAUAAAUUUCUUCUAAUUCUUAAAAAUUUAAAUUGUUAAAAACUGUACAAAACUUAAAAUAUUAGGCUGUUUUAUUAGUGUAAAAUUACUCUUUUGAUUCUGUAUGAUAUAUCCAUGCAGUUUUACAUUUAUGGUCCUAUAGACAAAAUAAACCAUUAAAGGGAACAUCUGCUGUUAGUCAGCAAUGAAUGAAAAUUUACAAAUGCGACCAAAAUGGUAUAAAACAAAUCCUAAGACUGUAUCAUCCUGACUAGGACACACAUCACACUCUUUGUUAAUAGGAAAAACCUGUCUAUGUGGGAAAGAAUAAGUGACAAGAUAGUUGAAGGUAAACUAAAAAUCGUAAGGAAUUUCCAUUUAUUUUGUGAAUAAUGUCCUCAGAAGUUUAAAACAUAUUACUUGAAAAAUGAUCUCUGUAGAGACUGAUGAGUGUAAGCUUUUUGUUGAGAGUUAAGUGCAUAAAUCAUGCAAGAAGUAGCGAUGUUUGCAAGUGGAUGGUAUUUAUGUUGUUUGAAAACUUUCCCUUCAUUUUUAGGGUACAAUUAAGAAAGGUCUGUCUUCACAGCUAUUUCAUAGCUAUUUGCUGCUAAAUUAAAAUCUCAUGCAUAAAAAUUUUAGGUCACUGGUGAAACUGAUCAAAUUUUCAUAAAGAAAAUAUAGAAUCUGACCCUCAUGUUGACAUGCAAAAGUCUGAAAAAGUACCACAUGAUGCCAGAAGAAUGAUGAUUACUGCAGAGCUUAUGGGUGAAGAAUGCUCAUCCAAUAUAGUUCUUUCAAAUUAAAAAUUAAAUAGGAAACUAAUUUUAAAGAUUUUCACAAAACAAAUAUAGGUUUAAAAAUUUUCACAAAACAAAUAUAGGUGCUUUAUGUGAAACAUUUAACCUAAAAGACAAAUUGAGUUUACUUAAUUUUGUCUCUUUUUACAAAUUAUUCCUGAGUCUGUGCUUGAGAUGUAUAGAGGAGCCCAUUCUGUAAAUCAAAUCGUGUGAAGUUUUGAUCACAUAAGU